UUUUAACACCGCCGGGUUUCCUGGUUGAAUGUAAUUCUUCUAUCCUAUUUGUUGAUAUAAGUAAAUUGACUGAUAAUAAUAACCCUUUAAACAACUUUUGACAAUAUUUUUGUAACUUUGCCUUUCACAGAGAGAAAAAAAGGUACGACCAGGAAUUUUUUUGAUGUUCAAACAGCGCCGCCCCCUGUUUGAGAUAAAGGUGUCUGAGAAUACCUGCUAAUCUAGUACCUGUGUUAACUAUACCCGUGUGUGGAGGGUAUCAUUUUCUAGGCAGAAAGGAGGAGAUGGACGUCCAAGAAACGGUAUCCCGAUAUCUGGAUGAAGUGAAAAGGAACGGCGCAGAAUCCAAGCUCAGGGCCAUAUUGUCUUGUAGUGCAAAGAAAGACGUCAUCAAAUGGACGGACGAAAAGGGGAACGAUUUGAUGCACUUAUGUAUUCUUCAAAACACUCCAGAGACCGUGGAAUUUCUAUUGUCCAACGGCUACUUUGUGGAACCCCACCAACCGGAAGUUAACCCAUACAUCCAUUUAGCUGCAAAACUAGGUUUCAGGACCAUAUUAAACAUCUUACUAUCUUUCCGCCUCAGCGACAACAGGCCGAUGAAUAAUUUAAUAUAUCCAAGUCAGAAGUCAGAAUCUGAUGUAUCCCAACAGAAUAAGGCAUCACCUUUAGACAUUGCGGCAAAGUCAGGUCAUACAAAAUGCGUCUACCUAAUCCUGACGCAAUGCGUCAUAAAGGAGCAUCCAGAGCGAGCAAAGAGUGGAUAUGUUGCUUUAGCAACAUUGGCUAACUCAAAAGAUGCCGUGAAAGUACUGCUCAAAGAUAAUCCAACUAAAGAGGACAUACGAGAGGCAAUUGACAUUGCAGUGCACUUUGCGCAACCGGAGUGCCUUGAUAUUUUGCUCUCCACUGACAUUGACACAAAAAGCAUUUUCAACGGGGUAAAUUUCUAUCACACUUUGUUUUCAUUUUCUUCGGUGCAGUCCUUCGGAAAAGAGGGGUAUGCACGGCUCCCAAAAGUGACGGAAGUUCUUUUGAAACAUAGACACGAUGUGAAGAAGAGGGAACCUACGAACACCUACCCACUGUAUAGUCUGAUCAAAAACUCUCUAAGUUUAGAUAACUAUACAUGGACGCAGUACUAUCUGGAAUGUGUUCAGCUAUUGCUGAAAGCAGGAGCGAAUCCAAAUUUUGAUGAAGCUAAAUACGAGAAACAACGUCUAAAAACGGGAGCAAAAUCUAUAGUUGGUAGGAACGCUUAUUCAAGUGCUAUCCACUGUCUCUUGGACACCGUGGAAUCUUACGCAGAGACUCUAGAUUCUAAAGCCUUAGCUGCAAAGUUUGUGAUAGAAUGUGCCGAUCUGUUGUGCCACAACAACGCUAAUAUCAAUCAAAUUGGACAUAUAACGCGGAAGAAUUCAACAAUGGGAACGGUUUUACACCAGUUUGCAAAGACCAGUGUCCAGAUCGGGGUGGAUUUAGACAUUCUUAAAUUUCUUCUCCGUCAAGGUGCCAAUGCUGAUGUAUGUGUUGAUGGAAAAUACGUUCUUAAUAUAUUUAUUGACGAGCUUUUUGAAAAGUUAAAAGAGACAUCGCCACACCUUAAGCAAAAGGAUCGCAUGCCAGACGUAAAGCGCAUGCUUGAAAUUCUCAAUCACAUGCCACGUUGUGCUAUAAGGGACACACUGAGAAUCUUGAAAAACGACCAUGCUCGAAACCCUCCAUCUCAGACAAAGAUAUACGUCGGGGUCAUAUCAAAGGAACUUGAAUAUCAUAUCAAACAUAUCAAACCUCUGAGAAAGCUGGUAGCACAGGCAGUAUGGGUAUUCUGCCAGAGAAAAGCCAACAAUGUACACUCAUUGCCAACAACAGCCAAACUUAAAACGGAAAUUUUACCAAUCUCUUAGAGACAGAGUAAUUGACACAGUCUAUUUUAUUUUAUAUCGUUAAGGAGAUGUUCCAUAUCAGAGUAUUUGUGGUGUAUAAAUCUGUGAUAAUUCUUGAGGGGCAUUCAUUCCUUGUUAAACCCUUGUUAACAAGUUUUCUAAUUUUUGCAUAUACUCGCUUAGUAAAUUCAAUGUUUACAUAACAGUAGUAGUUAACAUCACAUAAACUAUUCAUGCAAUGCACAUUGCCCAGUCAAGAAUACUGACUAUUCAAAAUAACAAAUUACGUUUGUUAGUAACUAAUAGGUGAAAUAUUCAUUGUUAAAGAAAAAUUAAUCCUCCAUAUCUAAAACAUUCAUCAUAAAGCAAAGUUUCAAAGAGGGAGUAAAAUUGUAAAAAUUUGCAUACUUGUAUUUGAAUUGAUAAAUGUCAGAAGUGCAAAACCAUGAGAGAACGGUUUGGUUUCGCUAGGAUACAGGUUGUCAUAUGCAUAAUUUGAUUGGUUGAUUUAGAUAUUAAAUGUCGAAUCUUGAAUGAGCCGUCUGGGCUUUCGUUACAAAGACAAUGAUGUGACUGUAUGUUUUUUUUAAAUAAAGUAGUUGUUGGUCACGGAACACAUUUUUCAUGACUUGUAUGUGUAUAGUAAUUAAAGAAUUAAAAGAAUGAUUUCAGAUUUGGGUUAAUAUCAGAAAAUGAAUGACUGUUAAUAAGUCUAUAUCUUUUUACUUAUUCAACCACUUCAUUAAAUUUUGAGAUUUAUUUACAUGAUAACCAAAACAAAGAUUUUCAAAACAAAAAAGUUUAUGAAACAAUAAAGUGUUAAAUGACAUGAAGAUAUGU